CUCCGCGUCGCGCCAGAGUGACGUCACGAUCGGUCGCGCCCGAGUGACGUUGCGCAGCGGGCAAGAUGGCGGCGCGCGGGUGCUGAGCGAUGGGUCCAUUGCCGUUGGGCCUGCGGCGCCUCCUGCUCCCGGGGCCGGGACUGGGGCUGGGCGCGGCCCCGCGCUGCGGCGGGAGCACGGGGAGCGGCGAGGCGCCGCGCUGCACGCUGUACGAAGUGCUGGACGUCCCGCCCACCGCCACGCCGGCGCAGAUCAAGGCGGCGUACUACCGGCAAUCCUUCCGCUUCCACCCCGACCGCAACGCGGGCAGCGCGGCCGCCGCCGAGCGUUUCGCCGCCGUCAGCGAGGCCUACCGCGUGCUGGGCAGCGCCGCGCUGCGCCGCAAGUACGACCUCGGCGCCCUCGGCCGCGACGACGUGCGCGGCGUCCCCCGGCCCUCGAGCCGCGCUCCCGCCGCGCCGCCCCCCGACCGCGCCGCCGCCGCACGCCGCGGCCCCGUGCCGCCGCCCUUCGACUUCGACGCCUUCUACCGCGCGCACUACGGCGAGCAGCUGGAGCGGGAGCGGGCGCUGCGGGCGCGUCGGGAGCGGCUGCGCCUCUGCCGGGAGGAGGCCGCGGCCCAGGGCCGCCUGCGGUUCCUGACGGACCUCACGGUUGGGCUGGUCUUCGUGCUGGGCUUCGCGAUGCUCUACGGCCUCAAGUAGCGGCGGACCGGCGCGGUGCCGGCAGCCCUCAGGCGGCGCGGGACCCGUGCGGGGGCUCGGCGUCGCUUCUGAAGUCGUGCGGCCCCGCGCUGCCGCAGCCAUGUGCCCCGUUUGCCAGCGGACCCACGCGAGGCGCCCGGCAGGGACACAGACCUCUGUGUCCUCUGACAUCUCCACUGACGCUGCGCUGUGACCCUGGUGGGAACCACAUCUCUGUUCUGCUGAGCCACGGUUUUACCUACAUGGUACUGCUGGCAGAGAGUGAAGCUUGCUGGAACACUGUGUUGCAACACCUGGAGUGCCAAGGACGACGUCUGCAGUACUUUGUUCUGUGUUUGCUGGGCUGGACUGUGCCAAAGAUAUGCCCUUCCCUCACUGCUGUGACACAGGGUUGUGAUUUCUCUCAAUACAAACAAAAGCAAAUGCCUCGUGUUUUUCAGCGAUGGAGUUCUGUGAUACUGAGCUGAGCCCGAGGCAGCAGCAGGGCAGAGUGCAAUGUGUACUGGUAGGUGGUACGUGCUGCUACAAGGGAGUCUCCUGUCUCUUCUGCAAAGAAUUGUACCACUAUUAACUGCAGAGGCUGCUGUGUGUUUGGGCAAAUUCAGUGCAAGAAAAGAGAGGGCUUUCCAGGAUCUUCUGUUGUUGUUGGGAUUAUAAUCCUGAAAUGUUGGCAUGUGAAGAGCAGGGGGAGCCUGGCAUUUGAGGGCACUGGUUAUAGAGUGGAAGAGUCUAGAACUGUAGCUCUGUGCCAGCACACCCAUGCACUUUUGUGCUGUAAGCCACAUCCCUUACUGCCCCCCAGAAGCAGCUUCCCAGGAAGAGCUUGGCCAGCAGCAUUCUCUCAGAGGCUGGGAGAGCUCUGCACAGCCAUGGGAAGCAGCAGGUACUACAAGGAGCAUCUCUUUAGUUCCUGGUAUUGUGAUUUGCCAGUUUUUAAGGCUGUCCUGCCAAACACACAUUGUCUUUGGGUUGGUCUCUUUGUAUACGAUGCUUGGAUUUCCAUGCAGGGAGUGGGUCGGGUGUAGUGCAGCGUGGAGGAGCUGAGCGCUGUGCUCCUGGCACUGGAACAGGGAAGCACUCCUGUGAGAUAUCUGGUUCUCCUGAUCUGUGCCUGGUGCUUGUGUCUGAAAUCAAGGCACUAAAGCUGGGCUCAUCAAUGUGCCUUACCAUGGUGGUUAGCGCAGUUCAUAUUGCUGGUUCUUCCUGUUCCUCUUCAGGUCUCCGUGACACAUCCUGAACAUUAAAAUUAAAACAAAAAAUCCAUAAACUAAUGAU